AUGAGCAAUCAAGAGUCGGGCCUGAUCUCAACCAUUAGCAAAGGUAAACAAAAAGCCGCACCUCAGUCCGACGCUGAAGACGACGACGAAGACAAAAGCGAAGACUCUGAUGAAAGCGACGGCGACCUCCCCGCACCACCUCCACCUAAGUCUAAGCGAGGACGCCCGCGAAACCCAGUGUCAUCUAACAACAGCCCGGACGGACCCACUCGAAAUCCACGCGCCACUGGCGAAGCCCGGUCAUCACGAAUCACGAUUCCUGCCACGGCGCCAACCAAAUCUCCGACCGCGCCGGUUUGCCCGACACAAGUGAUUCACAAACUGACCAAAGCACGUUUAACAGUUCAAGCGACUCGCACAGAACACUUGCCCAACGACCAAAGCCCAUUACGUCAAACUAACCUCGAACUUCGAUUGCCCCGGCGACGAUCCGAGAUUAAUCUUAAUCGGCAUCACAAAUCUUGUGAAGACUUAAUCACGCAGUCUGCUAUCGACGAUUGUUUGAGCGUUCAAACUCCUUAG